AUUUGGAGAGGAGGAGAGGGAGGAGAGAGAAUGAAACUUGGAAGGCAGACUCGAGGGAGGAGAUCUUGACUUCCUAUUUGCCCCUGUACCGUUGUACGUACUGCCCUGGUGAUAAAACCCCUAUUCUUAGCUCUCUGAAUCUUUUGUCUUUUAACUUAAUAAUAAUUUUCUUUUUCUGGCGGAGAAGGAGAAAGAAAGUCUAAAUCAAGAGCGAAAACCACACGGGUGGUGCGGGAUUGGCUUCGCUCCUUGUUGACGCAGUGGAUUGCAUGUCUUUUGUCUCGAAAAGGGUUUCUGAAAUUUUGUUGUAAAUUUGCAUUUGGGUUUUGGAAUUUCCUUCCCCAGUGAAAACCAAUAUUUAUAACGAUACCCUUUUCUACUCCCUGCUAAUUUAGUUCCUUCUGAUUUUAAGUUGUUCUGACAUCGAUCUAUGAAGGGAAUAGUUAUUGAAAAAGCGGGAGGGCCAGAUGUGUUGAAGCUGGUGGAAUUAGAUGACCCGCCACUUGGAGAUGACGACGUCUUAAUCAGGAUUGCAGCCACGGCGGUGAAUAGAAUUGAUUUGCAAUGUAGAUUAUUCGGCUCCAGAAAUUCGUUUAAUGGUGGUUUGUACAUCCCUGGGUUGGAGUGUUCUGGAAUUAUCAUAGCUGUUGGCCAAGGGGUUACUGAGUGGAAAGUUGGUGACAAAGUGUGUGCCCUUCUCAAUGGAGCGGGGUAUGCUGAGCAAGUAGCAGUAUCUGCUAAGAUGGUUCUUCCUGUUCCUUCAAAUGUUCCACUUACACAUGCUGCAAGCUUGCCGGAGGCUGCUCAUAAUGCUUGGAAAGUUAUAUCUGAAGCUCAACUAGUACGAGGAAGAAAGUUAUUGAUGGCAAAAUGCAAAGGCGCAGUGGUGUAUGUCACUGCAGAGACUGAUGAAAAGCUGGAUUUCUACAAGCGUCAUGGUGCUGAUAUUUGCAUUAACUGCAAGAAUGAAGAUCUUGUCACUCGAGUGAUGGAGGAAACCAGAAAGAAAGGUAUCGAUGUUGUUGUAGACAGUUGGGCUGUCAACUUGGAAAAAGAUCUAAAAAUCUUAAGCCAUUGGGGAAAACUGCUUUUCGUUGACUUACACGGUCCCAAGGGUGGAAACUUGUAUUUAACAGCAGUAAUGACUAAGCAGGCAAGAGUUCAAGUGCUUAACAGAUGGUGGAAAACUUUAGAUAGAGCAGCGUGUAUUGUUGAUCAUCUGAAGAAAGAAGUAUGGCCAGAGAUUGAAAACGGAUCUGUGAAACCUGUGGUGUACGAAACAUUUCCACUGUCUGAAGCAGCAGCUGCUCACAAGCUUAUGGAGCUUACAGACUAUGGGCAGCAUAUGUGGUCUGUUAUUGGAUAUUUUGUGCCAUGGCUGGGACACUAUGCCUGUACUGGCAAGGUAGCUGGACAUGUUAUGGGAAAGAUUUUGCUUACGCCUGACUUUGAAGAGUCCUGAACAUCCAGCACGGCAUGGAUGCCAUGGGAAAGAUGUUGGGAAUGUUCAGAUUGAUCAACAAAUUACUUGAUCUCCAUUCUUGUGGUGAAACUUCAGAGGGAACUUUCUCAGCAGCUAAAUUAGCUUGGUGGAUUUUAUUCUACCCU